AUGACAGAACAUGAUAAACAAGAAGCCUCGACAAUGACAGAACAUGAUAAACAAGAACCCUUGGUAAAAUAUUACUUCGAUAAAGACAGACCCGUUGCGAAUUUCACAUACUAUGAUGAUUCAGACGCGCUUAUGGUAAAAUUUACAGACGAACCCAAUGAUUAUGCCGAGACUGCAAAUGAUGACCUUCUCGUAUAUUACAAUGAUACUGGCAAGAUAAUGUCAAUUCGUAUAGAUUCAGCAGAAUAUAUUCGAGGGGUAAAUAGUGACAAGCCGUUCUUUACACUUAAUCCCACUUAUGAUGAGGAACGCGACGUAUAUAAAAUUAACUUUGCAGAUUCUAUUUCCAUGACUACAUUCCAAAAAACUGAUCUUGAGGAUGUCGAGUUAGAAAUGGAUAAUGAAGGAAAACUCGUUACAAUAUUAUUUCACAACGCUAGUAUCAAGAUGUCAAGAUGGCAAACAUCAAAUAAGUAG